GGCUGUGGCGGCGGCUGUGGUUGACCGGGGUACGCGGAGGGGGCGAGGCGGUCGCCCCUGUAUGCGUCUUCAACCGCGCAUGGACGACCACCUCAGCCUCCUGCAAUCACCCCCGCCGAGCGCAACCAAAACCCGGGGCGACAACCUGGUGAACCACGGAUACACCGAGACAGAGGCCGACGUGAUGACGGUUGUGGCGUGUGACAACAUGCUAGAAGAGUCGGCGGCUCUCCCAGGCCACCACUCUCUGGACCGAUAUGAACCGGAUCACGAAUGCUGCGAGAGAGUGGUCAUCAACAUCUCAGGGUUACGCUUCGAGACGCAGCUCAAGACUCUCUCCCAGUUUCCAGAGACGCUGCUGGGUGACCCCAAGAAGAGGAUGAGGUACUUUGAUCCUCUUAGGAAUGAGUACUUUUUCGAUCGGAACCGACCCAGCUUUGAUGCCAUUCUGUACUACUAUCAGUCUGGAGGGCGCAUCAGAAGACCUGUUAAUGUUCCCAUUGACAUUUUCUCUGAGGAGAUCCGCUUCUAUGAGCUGGGUGAGGAGGCUAUGGAGAAGUUCAGGGAGGAUGAGGGCUUCAUAAAGGAGGAGGAGCGGCCGUUGCCGGAGAAUGAAUUUCAAAGACAGGUGUGGCUGCUUUUUGAAUACCCGGAGAGCUCGGGUCCCGCCCGGGGAAUAGCGAUAGUGUCUGUCCUGGUCAUUCUCAUCUCCAUUGUCAUCUUCUGCUUAGAGACAUUGCCGGAGUUCAGGGACGAGAACAGGGAUCCGAUCACCAUUGCGCCUGUGAUAAAUGGCACACUCCCAUAUUUCAUCAGCCCCUUCUCAGACCCGUUCUUUGUGGUGGAGACGCUGUGUAUCAUCUGGUUCUCUUUCGAGCUGCUGGUGCGCUUCUUUGCAUGCCCGAGUAAAGCCACGUUCUCCAAAAACAUUAUGAACAUCAUAGACAUUGUGGCCAUCAUUCCUUAUUUCAUCACACUGGGCACAGAGCUGGCAGAGAGGCAAGGAAACGGACAGCAGGCCAUGUCAUUAGCGAUUCUGCGCGUAAUUAGGCUUGUUCGGGUGUUUCGCAUCUUCAAACUCUCCCGUCACUCUAAGGGGCUUCAGAUAUUAGGACAGACUCUAAAGGCCAGUAUGCGUGAAUUGGGCCUACUGAUCUUCUUCUUGUUCAUCGGUGUCAUCCUCUUCUCCAGUGCUGUUUACUUUGCUGAGGCAGACGACCCUGAUUCGGGAUUCAACAGCAUCCCAGACGCGUUCUGGUGGGCUGUUGUCACCAUGACCACCGUGGGCUAUGGGGACAUGCACCCCGUGACAAUCGGAGGAAAAAUUGUGGGGUCUUUAUGCGCAAUUGCCGGUGUGCUGACCAUUGCCCUGCCCGUACCUGUCAUCGUCUCCAAUUUCAACUACUUCUACCACAGAGAGACGGAGGGCGAGGAGCAAGCACAGUACCUGCACGUGGGCAGCUGUCAGCCUCUGGCAGACACAGAGGACCUGAGGAAGACCCGCUCCUCUUCCUCACUCAGCAAGAGCGAGUAUAUGGUGAUAGAGGAGCACGGGAUCAACAGCGCGUUCAAACAGCAGCCUAACUUCCCCACCACCACGCAAAACAACUCGCAGAACUGUGUGAAUAUAAACAAGAAGAUUUUCACCGACGUGUAGCCAGUUUUAGAGUCAUGGCCCUGAACACAGGAAAGAGGGGGUGUGUCAACACACAGCUGGUUCUGUCGUUGCGCACCAGCGUGUGGAAGCCCCGGUAGACCAGAUUAAGAAAGGAAGGAAUAAAGAGAGAGAAAAAGAAAGAGCAAACCCUGUUUGUUCAGAGACGCUGCUUUGUGCUCCAUUCAAAGAGUCAGGAUUUUUCAUUUCAGUGAUCUGAAUCAUCAUAACACUGUAUGGUUCCAUUCGUACUUGGAGAGAAAUAGCUCCUCAAAGUAUUAGGCCUACUAUUCUUUUCUGAGAGAGGGAAUGGACCUGUUGUGCGUUGUGCAAUAGCCAAUAUAAUAUCACAACAGGUAGAAAUACAAGCUUUGUAACUGUGAAAGAUGAGUGCAAAUGUACGCUACUCGAAGGACACUCACAUUGUAUUAACAUGCGUUAUGAGUCGUGAUUCGUCAGCCAUAGCCUAUGUAUAAUAUUCAGAAUCAUUUAAAUAUGUGUGUGUUUAAACACAUGUAAUGUUUGAAAACACAGUUCAGAAUAUAUUAUCUCAAUUAGACCGUUCUGUGCUAUGCCUUUAUUGUGCGUUAAAGUCUAGUCCAAAUGCUACUGUCUUUCAAAGUAACCCCCCUAUAAUUCCUUAACAUGAACUGUCCGGCUAUUUAAUGCGUAAACGGCACCGUGUAAACACAGGGGGCAGCCGACUAUAAGUGUCUCAUUAUCGGCGCAAGACACACGUGAGAGAGGAGAAACACAGAGCUCUUUCACGCACACAUACAGCGAUCAAAGAUGGAGCGUGUUUCUCUUUGGAUGCCUCAAAUAUAGCCCGCUGUGAUGCAGUCUCCAUGGCGACGGUCGUUUCCUCGGUAACCCCAGUCACCGUUGCCAUGGCACCCUUGUUUCCACAGUAACCUCCCAGAUGGCUUGGAAGCUAUAUUGAAGAUUCUCAUCUAAAUAGCUUGUCUCCAGUCUCCAAUAAGACUGUUUUGUCAUCGCUCUUUGAGUGCGUAAAAUCCGAGCCCAAAUAUGCUCCAGCGCCACUAUCACCAAUCAGCAAGCUCACUUUGGUGACUUUAACACUGACACAAAAACAAAUUGGACUAUGGAGGUCUGUUUACAAAUUGCCACCAUGAACUUGCCCUCAAAAAUGAAAAAAAGGCACAACUCGGAGAGGUGCUAAGCCGGGAAAGGAGUGACAGUGUGUGAGGAAUUAUGAAUGGACUGGGAGCACAUUGUGUCUGGCUGUCCUGAGUGCGCUACUGCGGACGCUCAGCAGAGGCUGCUGUUCUCCCACUGAUGAAAACUGGUAAAAGUUGUUCCAUUUUUCUGCUCAGACCUCCUGAAGUCCCUGACGACCCCAAUUAGACGGCUUCCCAUUUAGGGGUACAAUGACUUUGGUCUUCCUGUUGGGCCUGAUGGGCCAAAGUUAGGAGGUGAGACAGAACUCCCUCUGGAUCAAUUUUUCUUCCCCUGCCCUCGCCUUCCCAACUGGUUUCUUCAAACCUGGACUUCUAACAAGCGGUGCCUAGCAGUUCUCCUCCUCCAGUGGACCACCAAAAUGCAAUUUCAAGAAUGAAAAUAAAAACAGACAAAUAACAAGUUCCACAUACAGUUUUGUAGCUGCAGUUUUAUGACUGCUUCUGUUCUUCAGUUAACACACUGUGAGUGUAGCCAUCACAGGAUCAAAAAUGAUUCAGACAGUGACAGAAUUCAGAUGGAACUGUGUGUUAUGGACUCUGACAUUUCUCCAUACUGCUUUCUAUAUAAAAUUCAAAAGGACAGCUUCAGGAAACAGCCAGCAAUUUUGCAAAGCACAUUUCAUUUCCGGACUUUACAAGGACAUUACAUUCUGUAAUUCAUGUUUCUGGGAACGGAUAUUCAUUACGGACAAUAACUGAUAAACAGCUUUUGCUUCAAGUCAAAAGUGGCAAAAACUGAGGCCAACCGUUAUUUGCUGAAAUGAAACUGUGAUACAAAUCAAAGACUGUUAGCCAUAUGCCUUUGUUAGCUCUGUGUGCUCUGUAUUGCUAAUAUGUGAAACACACACAUGCAUACUUGUGCUGGUUGCUGCUAUUCCCCUGACCCACACAUGGACAACAAUACAAAGGCAUGCACGUACACACAGACGCAGACGCAGACACACAAACACACACACACAUGUAUACACAUGCCUGUGGAUGGCUCUCUUUUAUCCCAGAGUGCACUGGUGUUUUUUUGGGAUGGGGCAGAAUGUUGUCAGGGGAAGGCUGUGUAUGCCAGUAUUUGUUCUGUGUUAUUCUGUGCUGUC